CGUUUCCUUUUUACCAAAACAAAUUUUAAAAUGGAAAGUUAUUCAGAAAUCAACAAGCCACACAUCAUUGAUCUUAACGCUAAGAUUAGAGAAAUGAUUGAAGAAACAGCAGAAAUCUUGGUCAAAGAAGAAAAGGUCACCAAGGCAGAGGCUGAGGCCUCGAUUGGCUUUCAUUAUACGGCAACCUCUUUGAUUUUAGUCAAACGUAAAAGCCCUUACAAUAUUUUUACUGAAAUGUUGGCCGCCGAAGAGAAAGCCGACUAUUCCUCUGGCGAUCAACCUCAAGAGGCCUACCAAUUGUACCAGACACUUGGACCGGAAGACAAGGCUGAAAUUGUGAAGAGUGCUCGGAUCGACUCUAAUUUGAGUGAGGACGAGAUGCAUUUGCGUCAUUCUCGGGUACUCAGUUCCUUCCGAGAACACUUGGCCGCCUACAAUACCAUUUGUGGUUCAAACUUCUUGCUGCUCUCUGUCCGAUUGAAGCCCACUAGUUCGGAAGAUGGCUUCCCAUCUCCUGUGUUGAACUUUUUCUCUGCUGGAAUUGCCCAAAGGGCUAGUAAAAAAGUUCACGACCAGAGCGCUAAUCUUAUUAGAAAAGAGUACAGGGAGAGACUUCUGAAGAUGUACCAACAACAUCCUGGUACGGAAAAUGAAAAAGCCUGUCCCUACAAAAAGGUUUGUGAUGGAACUGCUGACUUGGUCAUGCGUGGUUUUCCCCGGGACAUCCCUAUAAAGCACGCUUCAGAGCAAACAAUUUGCAACAUGAAGACUGUUCUGAGAGCCGUAAAGGGAAACAAAAUUUCAUUAACUCUUCCGCAGGAGAGAAUGGAAGAACCUCCAAACCCUGAUGCGGAGCAUUAAACGUAAAUGUUUU